GAGUUAUAGACAGAGAAAUUUCCAUCUAGUGGCUCACUCCCCUAAAUGGUAACACCAGCGAGGGCUAAGCCAGGCCAGGCAGACCAGAUGGGAACCCUGUUUAGGUCCUCCUAUGUGAGUGGCAGAGGCCCAUGUACUUGGGCCAUCAUCUGAUGCCUCCUAGGUGCAUUAGCAAGAAGUUGGAUCAGAAGUAGAUCAACCAGGACUCGAACCCAUGCACUGAUACAGGAUGCAGGUGUCCUAAGCAGGAGCGUUACCUGCAGCCCGUGAUGCUGGCCCCCGCCCAUUGAGUCCAGGGAGGAACCUGGGACCCUCAGUGUAAGCAGGUGGAAGAUCCUUUUCCUCUUGCCUUUUCCGCUGUGCCCUCCAGAAAGCAGGUGAGCCUUCAGAAACCCAAAGCUACAGAAAGACCAAGGCAGUACUCACACCAGCGGCUGCGCACCAAGAUCUAUGUUCGCACUUUAACCCUCGCCUGCCAAGACCACGGUAGCUCCUUCCUCGAAGCUCCCCAGCCCCGCGCGCCCCAAGCCUGCCUCCCGCGCCCCAGCUGCCUGCCAUGCCCUCCAGCGGCCCCGGGGACACCAGGAGCUCUGCUCCGGAGCGGGAGGAGGACCGCAAGGAAGAAGAGCAGGAGGAGCCUCGUGGCAAGGAGGAGCGGCAGGAACCCAGCACCACGGCCCGGAAGGUGGGCAGGCCAGGGAGGAAGCGCAAGCACCCACCGGUGGAAAGCAGCGACACACCCAAGGACUCUGCGGCCACCUCCAAGUCCCCAUCCGUGGCCCAGGACUCAGGCCCUUCGGAGCUGUUACCCAAUGGGGACUUGGAGAAGCGGAGUGAGCCCCAGCCGGAGGAGGGCAGCCCUGCUGGGGGGCAGAAGGGCGGGGCCCCUGCUGAAGGACAAGGUGCCGCCGAGGCCCCACCCGAAGCCUCCAGAGCAGUGGAGAAUGGCUGCUGCACUCCAAAGGAGGGCCGAGGAGCCCCUGCAGGAGAGGGCAAAGAACAGAAGGAGACCAAUGUGGAAUCCAUGAAAAUGGAGGGCUCCCGGGGCCGGCUGCGGGGUGGCCUGGGCUGGGAGUCCAGCCUACGCCAGCGGCCCAUGCCGCGGCUCACCUUCCAGGCGGGUGAUCCCUACUACAUCAGCAAGCGGAAGCGGGACGAGUGGCUGGCACGCUGGAAAAGGGAGGCUGAGAAGAAAGCCAAGGUCAUUGCAGUAAUGAAUGCUGUCGAGGAAAACCAGGGCUCUGGGGAUGCUCAGAAGGUGGAGGAGGCCAGCCCUCCUGCUGUACAGCAGCCCACCGACCCCGCGUCCCCCACUGUGGCCACCACACCUGAGCCUGUGGGUGCUGAUGCUGGGGACAAGAAUGCUACCAAAUCGGCCGAUGACGAGCCGGAGUACGAGGACGGCCGGGGCUUUGGCAUUGGGGAGCUGGUGUGGGGGAAACUGCGGGGCUUCUCCUGGUGGCCAGGCCGCAUAGUGUCCUGGUGGAUGACGGGCCGGAGCCGAGCAGCUGAGGGGACCCGCUGGGUCAUGUGGUUCGGAGACGGCAAGUUCUCAGUGGUGUGCGUUGAGAAGCUGAUGCCACUGAGCUCAUUCUGCAGCGCCUUCCACCAGGCCACCUACAAUAAGCAGCCUAUGUAUCGUAAAGCCAUCUAUGAGGUCCUGCAGGUGGCAAGCAGCCGCGCAGGCAAGCUCUUCCCAGCCUGCCAUGACAACGAUGAGAGUGACACUGCCAAGGCUGUGGAGGUGCAAAACAAGCAGAUGAUCGAGUGGGCCCUUGGGGGGUUCCAGCCUUCUGGCCCCAAGGGUCUAGAGCCACCAGAAGAGGAGAAAAACCCCUACAAAGAAGUUUACACGGACAUGUGGGUGGAGCCUGAGGCAGCCGCCUAUGCCCCACCCCCGCCAGCCAAAAAGCCCCGGAAGAGCACAACAGAGAAGCCCAAGGUCAAGGAGAUUAUUGAUGAGCGCACACGAGAGCGGCUGGUAUACGAAGUGCGGCAGAAGUGCCGAAACAUAGAGGACAUUUGCAUUUCUUGUGGGAGCCUCAAUGUCACUCUGGAACACCCUCUCUUCAUUGGAGGAAUGUGCCAAAACUGCAAGAACUGUUUCCUGGAGUGCGCGUACCAGUACGAUGACGACGGUUAUCAGUCCUACUGCACCAUCUGCUGCGGGGGGCGCGAGGUGCUCAUGUGUGGGAACAACAACUGCUGCAGGUGCUUCUGUGUGGAAUGUGUGGACCUCUUGGUGGGGCCUGGGGCUGCACAGGCAGCCAUUAAGGAAGACCCCUGGAACUGCUACAUGUGCGGGCACAAGGGCACCUACGGGCUGCUGCGGCGGCGGGACGACUGGCCUUCCCGGCUUCAGAUGUUCUUCGCCAAUAACCACGACCAGGAAUUUGACCCUCCGAAGGUUUACCCGCCUGUCCCAGCUGAAAAGAGGAAGCCCAUCCGUGUGCUGUCUCUCUUUGAUGGAAUUGCUACAGGGCUCCUGGUGCUGAAGGACUUGGGCAUCCAGGUAGACCGCUACAUUGCCUCAGAGGUGUGUGAGGACUCCAUCACCGUGGGCAUGGUGCGGCACCAGGGGAAGAUAAUGUACGUUGGCGAUGUCCGCAGCGUCACGCAAAAGCACAUCCAAGAAUGGGGCCCAUUUGACCUGGUGAUUGGGGGCAGUCCCUGCAAUGACCUCUCUAUCGUCAACCCUGCCCGCAAAGGACUCUAUGAGGGCACUGGCCGGCUCUUCUUUGAGUUCUACCGCCUCCUGCAUGACGCACGGCCCAAGGAGGGAGAUGAUCGCCCCUUCUUCUGGCUCUUUGAGAAUGUGGUGGCCAUGGGCGUUAGUGACAAGAGGGACAUCUCGCGAUUUCUUGAGUCUAACCCUGUGAUGAUUGAUGCCAAAGAAGUAUCAGCUGCACACAGGGCCCGCUACUUCUGGGGUAACCUUCCCGGUAUGAACAGGCCAUUGGCGUCCACUGUGAAUGAUAAGCUGGAGCUGCAGGAGUGUCUGGAGCAUGGCAGGAUAGCCAAGUUCAGCAAAGUGAGGACCAUCACUACCAGGUCCAACUCCAUUAAGCAGGGCAAAGACCAGCACUUUCCUGUCUUCAUGAACGAGAAGGAGGACAUCCUGUGGUGCACCGAGAUGGAAAGGGUGUUCGGCUUCCCUGUCCACUACACCGACGUCUCCAACAUGAGCCGCUUGGCGAGGCAGAGACUGCUGGGCCGGUCGUGGAGCGUGCCAGUCAUCCGCCACCUCUUCGCUCCGCUGAAGGAAUAUUUUGCUUGUGUGUAAGGGACACAGGGGCAAACUGAGGUAGUGACACAAAGUCAGACAAACAACAGAAACCACCAAACACAAUAUAACACCAAGAACGUGAGGAUGGAGAGAAGUAUCAGCACCCAGAAGAGAAAAAGGAAUUUAGAACAAAACCACAGAGGCGGAAAUGCCGGAGGGCUUUGCCGAGUGAGAAGGGUGGACGUCAUCUCCUGAUUUCUCGAUGUUAAUCUUCAGUCCUAUUUAAAAGCAAAACCAACACCCCUCCCUCCCUUUCCUCUCUGCUCCCCCUCCCAUUUGGGGGGUCAACCCUUUUGUUUUCUGCUCUUUUCAGAGGGGAUUUCUGUUUGUUUGGGUUUUGUUUCUUGCUGUAACUGAAACAAGGUUAUUGCAGCAAAAAUCUAACCACAACAAGAGUAAAGAUACCUUGCAGAGGAAAGGUGGGAGAGGGGGGAAAGGAAAUUCUAUAGAAAUCUAUAUAUUGGGAAAUUUUGGUUUGUUUUUUUUGUUUUUGUUUUUUUACUAUAUAUCUUUUUCUUUUCCUUUGUUGUCUCUAGCCUGAUCAGAUAGGAGCACAAGCAGGGACAGAAAAUAGAGACACUCAGGCAGCCGGAUUCCCUUCCAGCCACUGAGCUGCCUGCCAGCACCAUUCCUGGUCACGCAGAACAGGACCCAGCCAGGGGGUAGGGGGACACGAACACCACACCAGACCCUUUUCUACAGUAUUUCAGGUGCCUACCACACAGGAGACCUUGAAGCAAAUCAGUUUCCAGAAGCCGCUGUUACCUCUUGUUUACAGUUUAUAUAUAUACGAUAGAUAUGAGAUAUAUAUAUAUAAAAGGUACUGUCAACUACUGUACAACCCGACUUCAAAAUGGUGCUCUCACACAGCGAGAUGAGUAAAAACAUCAGCUUCCGCAUUGCCUUAUGUGCAAAGGGAUCUAACCACGGGUGGAGGAGAGAGGGUGCAGCUUGCUGGGCUUUAUCCUGCACCCCCCCACAACCUUCAUUUUUAACGAGGUGAAGGAGGAGAACUGUGGAGCCCUGUCCUCCCACUUCUCCCUGCCAAAAUAGAAACUGGGGUGAGGGGGUGGGGAAGGUGAGGCGGUGGGGACCAGGGAAAGUCGAGUGUGGAAUUCAUCCAGACCCACCCAUGCAAUAAGCUUUUUUUCCUUUUUUUUACGUUUUUUUUUUUUUAAAAGAGACUCCCCAGACUGGAGUCUUCCUGCCCACUAUCCCACUGCAGCCAAGCCAAGGGCUUUUUGCCGUGGGAUCAGAAAGGAUCUAGAGUGUGGGCAAGUGACCGUUCAGGUCCCCACCUGGAGCAAAUAAAAAAACAUACAACGCGCACUGGUGCUUCCCGUCUAA